UCGCGUCAGGUGACCUUUGAGCGACCUAUGACCGCCCAAUCAAACGCGAGACGGCCGAACGGAAUUCACCAAUCAGACAACGGCUACUAUUUUGCGUACGGCGGGACUUGCAAAAUGGCGACUCAAGAUGAAAUUGACAGUGCGCUCGGAAAAGUUCUUCCGCAUUUCGGUGUAAAAGAGAUGAAAAAGCAACAGAAAGAAAUUUUAAAGUGUUUGCUGGCCGAUAGCGACUGUGUUGCCACACUACCAACUGGAUUUGGCAAGUCACUUGCUUUUCAAACUUACAUUCCCGUUCGUCGCGUGUUGGAUUCUACACAUACCGGCAGGAUGAUCGUUUGCUGUCCGCUCGUGUCACUAAUGCACGAUCAAGUAGAUAAACUCUCCUCCAUUCCGGGCAUUGCUGCAGCAUACAGAGGUUUCAGUGAGUCAAGUGACAAACUUAUUCAAGAGGGAUCAGUAGAUAUCAUCUAUGCCUCUCCAGAGACACUUGUUGGUGACCCACUUUGGAGAACAGCACUACAAAAGCUCAAAGUUGAUGUGAUUGUCAUCGACGAGUUCCACACAAUUGCAACAUGGGGACAUGGGAGUGAUGGUACCGAAAAAGAAGCUUUCAGGAAAUGGUUUGCUCACAUUGGGGAACUGCGAUCAUUGUUUCCUGAUGCAUGCAUACUAGCACUAAGUGCCACAUGUACAACACAAAUUAGAAAACGUGUACUGAAAGUGCUGUCCUUAAAAGAAAAUACAUAUGUCAUAAACAUGUCUCCAAACAAGACCAACAUCAAACUUGUUGUAGCUAAAGUGCCCAACACUGUUGAAAUUGCCAUGUCUUGGCUUGUGGACGGGUUAAGAGACUUAAAGAAUCAUUUUCCUAGAACUGUUAUGUACUGUCAGACUAUCAGGGAUGUAACAAGAAUGUAUACCUACAUUACCGAAGAGCAGCCAGAUCUUGUGAAGCAAGUGGACAUGUUUCAUUCACAUACACCGCAGGAUAAAAAGAUGGACAUUUUACAGGGCUUGAAAGAUACCUCAAGUUCACUAAGGUUGGUGGUGUGUACAAGUGCGCUUGGCAUGGGUGUUGACAUAGCAGGUUUUGACAGUGUUAUAAUAUACGGAAAUCCAGGUAACACUGUUGAUCUUGUACAGGAAAUAGGUCGAGUUGGACGAGGAGGUCACAUGGCCAUUGCACUGUUGUUGCACAACUCAUUUCACUUGAGAAAGUCUGACACUGAAGUAAGAAAUGUGUACCAGUUAACAGAAUGCAGAAGAAUGUCUCUCAUGACAUCAUUUCUCACAGUGAAACAGUUGGAUGAACUCAAACUUGAAACCGGCUGUCAUACUUGUUGUGACAUCUGUGCUGAAGCGUGUUCAUGUGGAAAGUGUUCUAUGUUGAAACUAGAAGAACUGUUUGCAGGAGUGGAGCCUGUUCUAUCAGACUCUUCAGACAACAGUUCCAGUACAGAUUUCUAUUACACAUCCGAUUCGGGUGGUGAAUCAGAUUUUUAGCCUCAGCUUGCAGAAAUGAUGUUUGAUGUAGAUAAUGAACUGCAGCAAGUAUUUUCAUUUACAUUGAGUACCUGUCUGGAAUUUAUGAUAUCACAACAACAAUCUUGUGUUGAUUUCAUGUAAUGAUUUGCGUCUAAAUGUGUUGGAAAAGUAAUGCAAAUGAAAUAAGUAUUUUUAAUAGACAGUGCAACCUGGAUAUAAUGCCAUGUUUAUGCCAGAACAGAUUUUCUGCCCUUAUUAAAAUGUAUUUUGCAUUUAUGUGCAAGUGUACAUGUGCUAUGUAACUGAGAAAUAAAGAAUAAUCAAUAAAGACAUGCCUUCUCCUGGCAAAAUGGUGGCAUUAUAACUAGGGUAUACUGUAUUAAAUGAGGAAAAAGAUUCAGCAGUGUUUGAGAAAUAAAUACUUUUAUUAAAACAUUUAGUCUUGCAAUC